GCUUUUCCUUGUUCUGCCAUCAUCAGUUCACUUCGGCAGCGGUGAGUUCAUCCUCAGAUCUGCUCAAAUAGAAACAUUGUACACGAAGAAGAAGAGGAGAGAAGAGGAGGAGAAGAUCAGAUCUGUCUCGAAGAGGGGGGGGGGGAGAGACGAAGAAGAGGAAGAAAGCCAAGAUGCAGUACAAGAACUUGGGGCGAUCGGGGUUGAAGGUGAGCCAGCUCUCGUACGGGGCGUGGGUCACGUUUGGGAACCAGGUCGAUGUCAAGGAGGCGAAGGUGCUGCUGCAGUGCUGCCGCGACCACGGCGUGAACUUCUUCGACAACGCCGAGGUCUACGCCAACGGCCGAGCGGAGGAGAUCAUGGGCCAGGCCAUCCGCGAGCUCGGUUGGCGCCGGUCCGACAUCGUCGUGUCCACCAAGAUCUUCUGGGGCGGCCCCGGCCCCAACGACAAGGGCCUCUCCCGGAAGCACCUCGUCGAGGGCACCCGCGCCUCCCUCCGCCGCCUCGACAUGGACUACGUCGACGUCGUCUUGUGCCACCGCCCUGACGCCGCCACCCCCAUCGAGGAGACCGUCCGCGCCAUGAACCAUAUCAUCGACAAGGGCUGGGCAUUCUACUGGGGCACUUCCGAGUGGUCCGCCCAGCAGAUCACUGAGGCCUGUGCCAUCGCCUCCCGCCUCGACCUCGUCGGCCCUAUCGUCGAGCAGCCCGAGUACAACCUCCUCUCUCGGCACAAGGUUGAAGUAGAAUACCUUCCUCUGUACAGCACGUAUGGCCUGGGUCUCACCACAUGGAGUCCAUUAGCAUCGGGAGUGCUGACUGGGAAAUACAGUAAAGGAAAUGUACCUGCUGACAGUCGGUUUGCACUUGAGAAUUACAAGGUGAGGUUGGAGACACUAAUUCACUUGUUAUAUGCAACUAUGUAGUUUUUGUUUACUUUG